CAGCUUGUUACAUCCCUAUAUAUAGUAGUCGUCCCUGAAUUUGCGAAAAAAAAAAGUUUCACUUCGACUGAAAUAUUGUGGCUUUGAGAUUUAAGUUAUAUGGAAAUCAGCAAACCGAAAAAGGGACUCUGGGAUUGAUCAGAACAGAGUUUCUCAAGUGAAAGUGACGACGAACGAUCAGACACAAAAAAUGCAAACUGGAAGAAUAACCGCGUCUCAAAAUCUUCCCGAUGCCGGCAACAAAAUGGCGUCAAAAACGAUUCAAGAACACGAGCUAAAAAUCAUGGAUGUGGAGGGAGCCGUGACAGUCUGUGAAGAGCCAAGCGUGACCAUUGAAGUGGACGAAGAUUCCGGCGAAGAUGUGGAUAACAACAAUGUGUCCAUCAUGCUAGCCGAGCUUGAGUCGUCCCUGAAUGGGAAGUCUGCUGACAAGUCACUGGAUCCUCUAAUGGAGGAAACCAUGUCGGCCAAAGUAGAGCCCAGCGAGGAUGAGGGCGAGUGCAACCCUUACCACGAUCCCAUGGGCUUGCUGUCACGCCUAGACUCCAAUCCGGAGAACGAUAGUCAGGACGACGACGACGAUGUGAGCGCUGAUGAUGGCAGCAGCGGCAUCAGCUUAAAGUCCCGCAAACAGAGUGAGUUCUCACGCUGGCUUAUUUGGAUGAAACGCUGGCCGUGGCUGCUCCAUGACGAAACCGAUGGCAUUUACGCCUAUUGUCUAUACUGUAAUACGACUCUUAGUGUGAACAAGCAGACAAAGUUUAUCAAACAGCACAACUUGUGCAUGUAUCACCAGGAGAGGGAGAAGAACUACUUGGCCUUUAAGCAAAUGGAGGCCAAGAAGAAUGAAACCACCGAUGAUGACGAAGUCAAGCACGAAUUCGGGACACACAGCUAUGUCGUUGCCAUGAAGAAGAAACGUUUAAGCGAAGUGGAUGCAUUUAAUAAUUUCAACUGGGAACGCUGGCUGCAAGAGCAUGACUGGCUGAAGCGCCACGAACCUCAGGGGACAAUCGGUUUUUGCAAAGUCUGUAAUGUCUCCAUGAAUGUGGAGUUUGUUUAUCUACGCAAGCGCCAUGAGGCCAGCAAGGCCCAUCAACAUAACCAACGUCAGCAGGGUCAAGAGAAGUCCACACGGAAGCGUAAGCGCUCGGCCAGCACAUCAUGUGACGAGAUAUCCCAGCCUAGUCAGGAGACCAAUGUGUCGAACGGACCGGUGGUUAGCAUUGCCGAUGGCGAAAUGGAGGCUGGAAGUGACCCGAGCGCUUGGUGUGAGUUUAUACCGGGCACAAAGUAUCAGCAAUGCCGCUGCACACUUUGCAAUAUCCGUAUGGUCAUUACCAGUUUCUUGCGCCACUGCAAGACUAAGGGACAUUUGAGUAAUCUCGAGGGCUAUAAUCAAAAGGAUCAACCAGAUAAAUAUGGAAUUUGGGCUCCGUAUAAGACGGCACAUCCCUGGAUGGUCCCCGAUCCUGAAGACUCAAGUUUGGCGUAUUGUACCUUCUGCUGCAAGCGCUUUAUGUACGGCCACUCGGAAAUCAAGCGCAAGGUGCAUGAAAAUUCAGAGAAACAUUUGGCUGCUAUGGGCACAGGAGCCAACGAAGGUGCUGCUGCUGAGGACACGGCCAAAGAGAUUCCAGAAGCGGAACAGCGGGCUCAAACUGAAAGCGACGACAGCGGUGACAACGAUGAUCGUGACGAAGAUGAUGACGAUGAAGACGAUGAUGAUGACGGGGCAUCCAUGUCACGCAAGAAUACAAGACGCCGUGGACAUGGCAAAAUCAAGCAAACAGUGCGCCAUUACUCUUGGUUGGGCUUGUCGAAGGAUCGCAAAGUGCAGCUAUGCAAAUUUUGUCGUGUGCGCUUCCGGAACGAAUCGGACAAGGCUCGUCAUGAAUAUAGUGAACGACAUAAGCUCCUGGUGAAGCAGUUUCAUAAACGAAAAUACGCACGUCAAGUGGAAUUGCGUCGUCUGCGUAACGAACAGAUUAUCCAACAGGAGAAGAUGGACGAUGUUGAGGAGGACAACACCGAGAAGCCGGAUUCAUCGACUGAGCAAAAACCGUUGAAUCCUGCUCAGAUGGUUAAGCCACUGCCUCCUACGAUGAGGGGAAAAGUUAUGAUCUGGAAGGAUCGAUAUCCUUGGCUCUCGUAUAAAAGGAACGAGGAGCGUCCGAACUAUGGGUGGUGCAAACUCUGCGAGGUAUCCGUCUUUCUGCCCAGCUAUAAGUUUGCCUCGAAACAUCAGCGCACUUCCAAGCACAUACGACUGCGUCUUGAGCGCAAACGUAUAGCCGUACAGAGCGGGAAUGCAGAAGAAUCGACAGCGUCAACACUAAGUGCCGGCGAGGCUAAGCACAAGGCGGCUAUGCAGGAGCUGCAGGAUAAAUAUGACUGGCUGGAACCAGAUGCCACCGAGGAGAACUACUGCCAUUGCCGCAUCUGUGAGACGCGACUGCCCAUUAAAGUGUUCUAUUUGCGACAGCACGAUGCAUCCCGUAAGCAUUCUGAGAAUCUGGAGCGUCUUAAAUCCAACAACGUGUCCAACACGACAGCACCAGAGGCAGAGGCUGAAACUCAGCAGCAACAGCAACCGAAUCAGGAAGCACCAACCACGUCCCGUGAGCGUGAGCAUGACUCUGACGAUGAUCUUAGCCAAAAAUCCGAUAGCAGCACUGUGGAACCCCCACAGAAACGAUCGCGUCGUUCGAAUGAAAUGCGUCGCAUUAUUCGUGCGCUCCGUGACUCUGUCGGUAAGCGACAAGAUGAUCGAAACCAGUUGGACUUGGCCAAGGAUAUGAUUUGUUCGUCCUUUGAUAUUGUAACACGCCUACGAACUUUGGAGCGGGAUCAAGUACCAUCAGAGUCAGGUGCAACGCCUCAACCAAAGAAUACCGAAUCCGUAAACACCGAACCACGGCACGUUAUGGAUCUCUUUCUGGAUAGUAUAUCGGCCACCAUGAAAGACUUGCCAUCCGACCUGGCAGCCAAGGGUAAAGCAAAAAUUAUGCAAAUUGUUUGUGAUCUAGAAGUGGAGGCCAUGCAACGUAAAGCACCCAUACCACAACCUCCACAGUCUUCGCCUACUAAUCCGAAUCCACCAAUGGAGACACCACCUGUAAAUGAAACACCUCGAUCACCGGACACGAUCAGUUGCUCGGAAGCAGCUGAAGAUGAGGAGUUAAGUGAUGAGCCAGUAAUAGUCAACAGCACAAACGGCAAUAAUCUGAAUCCCAAACCGUUUGUGACAACGACAGAGUUGCCAGAGAUUAGUAUAACGUCGCGACAGCAACGCGAAAGUGUUCCACCUAAAGGCAACAAAAUAAUAUCAUCGCCUCUACUGCCACAUCAUUCCGUCUUGAAUAGGGGUUCUAAGGAGGCGCAGUCUCCUGGAAGUUUUCGCUGUCUAAGCAACACCGUUCAGGUGACCAAAGUUCGUGCCGAUGGUGCCACCCAGGAUGCAGUGCGUUGUGUUCCCCUCGACAAGCUGACUAUGGGAAAUCGUAGCAACGGGAUCUCUCCAAGCAAAUCCAAUAACAACGAGCCUAACAACAGUGCCAACCCAUCGUUCCUUCGUAAUUUCCGUGUUAGCAAUGGCAACGUAGCCAAAAUGUCCCCAAUGCCAAAACCUAGUACUCUUAUGGUCCGCCUCAGCGGUGGCAAUCCCACACUAUUGACAAAUGGAGGCACAUCGGGAGUAUCCCAGCAACAUCAGGCCCCAUAUCCGAGGACUCCGAAUUUAAAUCAACAAAGAAUACAUCCUAGCGGCCGUUGAAAUUGAAACAGUCAAAUGACUAAAGUUUCCCGAUUUGGGGUUUAAACUAAGCAUAGCAUAUAAUUUUUUUUUCCUCCUCUCCAGUGUCUUACAUUAAAAAAAGAAAAUGGAAAAUGGAGUAUAUAUUAGGUAAUAUGGAUGACCGAGUUUUUUUUUUUCUUUCCCAACUCUUUUUAACCGUUUAGAUUAAAUAAUUAGUAUUAUAACAAUUCAAUUUCCAAAUGAACUGUUAAAUUGAAAAUUUUUAAGUUCUAUUCUUGCGCUUAUAACAAGCUACAUUGUUAAUCUUAGGUUCGAUUAGUUUUCUUCAUUCAUUAUGCAAAUAUAUUGUCAGCAAAUUUGCCUGCCAUUUAGCAUGUUAUCUUGAAACCCAAAACUAAUCACAUUAAUCCAGAGAUAUUUAACACCUGUCCCCAAAAUAGAUUGCAUAAGGUUGUUGUUAAAAGGAAAUAUUUCAAAAUUUCUUUUGAAAUAAACCCAUUUUUGUUCUCUUAUGAA